AAGGCUGCGUCUGAUGAGAAAUGGAAAUCUGGCUCAAAGUCAUCUUUCCUGUUGUUGACAUCACCUGAAAACUCCACUGGAAAUAUUUCCACUAGUUUGCUGCAAACAUCACCCUCUCCUGAGGUCUCAAUACCUUGUCCAAUGGAUGGCAUAGCAAUAGCAUCACUGUCCAGGGAGCUGGAAUCCUUCGCCUGCCUGCAUGCUGCUUGAACUGAUCCCAAGCCUUUGUUUUUGGACUGAAGAAACCUGAAAACCUUUCUCUCCUAAUUCAUGAGCCAGCAGGAUGUGGUCGCCGUGCUUUCAGAACGCCUGCUUGUAGCUGCCUACAAAGGCCAAGUGGAGAAUGUGGUGCAGCUUAUCAACAGGGGUGCCAAGGUAGCAGUUACCAAGCAUGGCCGGACCCCCCUGCAUCUUGCUGCCUACAAGGGCCAUCUCCACGUUGUCCAGGUUUUGUUGAAGGCAGGUUGUGAUCUGGAUAUUCAGGAUGAUGGUGACCAGACAGCAUUGCACCGGGCUGCUGUGGUAGGGAACACUGAUAUAAUAGCAACUCUGAUUCAAGAGGGCUGUGCCUUGGACAGACAAGAUAAGGAUGGGAACACUGCUCUUCAUGAAGCUUGUUGGCAUGGAUUCAGUCAGUCUGCCAAAGUGCUUGUUAAAGCAGGAGCCAAUGUUCUUGCCAAGAACAAGGCAGGUAACACACCUCUUCACCUGGCUUGCCAGAAUAGCCAUUCCCAGAGCACUCGUGUUUUGUUACUUGGAGGAUCUCGAGCAGACCUCAAAAAUAAUGCAGGAGAUACCUGUCUGCAUGUGGCUGCUCGUUAUAAUCACUUGCCCAUCAUUAGGGUGCUGCUCAGUGCUUUCUGUUCUGUCCAUGAAAAGAACCAGGCAGGGGAUACUGCACUCCAUGUAGCUGCUGCUCUAAAUCACAAGAAGGUGGUGAAGCUCUUGCUGGAGGCAGGGGCUGAUGCAUCCGUUGUCAACAAUGCAGGCCAGACCCCUCUAGAGGUUGCCAGACAGCACAAUAACCCCGAGGUUGCACUCCUGCUCACUAAAGCAUCACAGGUCUCGCGUUUUAACCGUGGGAGAAGCCUGAGGAAGAAGAGAGAGAGACUGAAGGAGGAAAGGAGGGCUCAGUCAGUGCCACGGGAUGAAGUGGUACAGAGCAAGGGCAGCGUCUCAGCUGCUGAUGACACACCAAGCAGCGACCAGCCCCCAGAGAGGAAGAACAAUCUGAAGGAUAAACCCCGCUCAGCCUCACCAGAUCCCAAAGGGAAAAAGAGCAAAAAGAAAAAGCCAAAGGAAAAGGUUUCAGCACUCUCAGACCCCAUCUCCCCAGCUGAUCAGCAGACACUCCCUCAGCCCCAGAAGAACGCGCCUAAGCGCAGAAGUAAACACCACUGCUCCUCUCCACCCCCUCCCCACGAGGUCCGAGCCUACCAGCUCUACACGCUCUACCGAGGAAAGGACGGGAAGGUGAUGCAGGCACCCAUAAAUGGAUGUCGUUGUGAGCCCCUGAUAAAUAAACUGGAGAAUCAGCUGGAGGCAACAGUGGAAGAGAUAAAAGCUGAGCUUGGGACAGUACAAGAUAAAAUGAAUAUUAAGCUGGGCCAGAUGGAAAGCAAAACUCAACAUCAACUCCGGGUUUUGGACAAGCUCAUGGCCGAGCGACUGUCGGCAGAGAGGACAGAGUGCCUUCACCGCCUGCAGCAGCACACGGAGCUGGAAAAGAGUGAGGGGGAGAAGAGGCAGAUUUCCUUGGUUGAUGAGCUGAAGACCUGGUGCUUGUUGAAGAUUCAGAAUCUGGAGCUCAAGCUUUCUGGAGAUUCCAGGUCAUCAAGACCAAAAUCAACUUUGUCCACUUGUGAGUCUCUCACUGAGACCCUGGAUACUGACAACAACCCCCACAGUGCCAAGGACUGUAAAGCCAACCAGCCUGUGCUGCAGUCAGAGGGCUCCCACCAGCAUUCCUAUAUCACACUUCCAAAUAGCCUCUUGGAAGAUGGGGGAAGGAGCAGAGUCCAGAUGCCAGAACAAAGCUUUGGGCAACACUUUUGCGUUAAACAAGAUGGAGCAUUGGGUACAACCACGGCAGGUACAGAGCAACAGGUAGUGACUGGUGGACCAGUUUCUUCUUCUGCCACUGCUCAAGAUGUCAGGCCAAAGGACAAAGCUGUGAGUGCCAGCACGUUCCACAGGUUCCAGCAGGACCUGCCCUCCUCCGAGCUUUCAGGCUCCAAAUUAAGACACGUUAAAGUUCAAGCUGCUUUGCAGCCAGUGACUGAACCUGCAAAGACUGAACCACAGAGCGGCUACUUCAUUGACAAAGGAACUCAGACGAAAAAGUCCAGCAGAAGUGGGCAGUCGAGGCACAAAGCUCUGCACCACGCCGGGGCACAGCAGGGCCAGGAGCCGCAGCCCUCAGCCCCGCCUGCCCCUCCGCUCAAAGACACCUCCCAGGCCCUGGAGAUAACCCAGUACUUCUUCGAGGCCGUUUCCACGCAGAUGGAGAAGUGGUACGAGCGCAAGAUAGAAGAAGCCCGGUGCCAAGCGAACCAGAGAGCGCAGCAGGACAAAGCUGCUCUCAAGGAGCACAUCAAAUGCUUAGAAGAGGAGCUGAGCAAAUUAAGGACUAAGGUGCAGAAAGAGAGCUAGCACCUGCCAGGCAGGUAAUCAAGCAACAGGACUCAUUCUGGAGCCUGCUGUAUGGGAAUUUGGAAUAUUGAUAGAUAUAUGUAGUGCCUGUUACAUCCAAACACAACACUCUAUUUCAGGAGUAGAAACUACUGUGGAAACUCCAUAACUGAGUAGAGUUCAUAUGCAAACUAUAUUGAUAACAAAGAGAUGCUGCAGAUCAGAUCCUUUCUUUGUUAUUUCCAAGAGUCCUUCAAUAUUGCACUCAGUUUCCAGAUGCUGCUUGAAACCAAACUGCAUUAGUAACCAAAACUGCUUUCUGAAAAGGGAAUUCCCUUACUUCCACACAGGACACAGACUAGAGGGUUCUACUGUAUGCCACAUGUAAACAUGUUGUAAUACCAGUACUGAAAUAAAUCCAGGAUGUUUGAAAGCUUUUGACAGAAUUAUUUAGUGAUGAAGGGCUAUUGAUCCUAUUUUAGAUCCUCCCAGAGCCUCUCUUUAGUCAGUGGAGAGAAGCUAAAGAACUCACUCCAGUUACAAGCCCAGGCAGGUGACAGAUGCAGGCUUCCAGCUGGGAGAGGGCAGACAAGCAUGGAGGGAGAUGCUAAGGCAACUCAUCCCAUCAGGUACAGAGGCUUCAGCUACCACUUUGCUUUUCUCGUGGUUUUCCAUUAUUAAAACAAGUCCUAAAUCUGAUUUGUUUUUUUAAUGGUGUCCUGCAAGCAGAGCUCCUUGUGGUUACACUAUUUUU